CUAUUAGGUUUGGUUACAACCAUAACAUUUCAUCUUCUUAAUAUCUAUGUUCCCUUAACGUGUAGAACAUCAAUAAUUCGAGACAUUUCAUUCGAAAAGGAACAAUUGUGGUCCUCUAUUGUCUACAGAACGCCCAUAUCAUCCUAAUAUCCUGGUUUGGCCCGAAGUUUGGUAUAAGUAAGAGUUUUGGUCUCCAUUUUUCAAAUAAGAUAUUUAUGGCCUACUUUUGAAAUUAUUGGACAAAUUUGGUCCAAAAUUUUCUUUGACCGUUAAUAUUGACGGUCAAACACUAUUCCAUUAAUGACUCAAAAUCCCGCUAAUGUGGAACGCCACGUCAUUAAAUAUUAUUUUAAUUUUGUAAUUCAAUUAAAUAAAAUAAACAAAUUAAAAAAACCCCACUUAUUAUCCCAAACCCGUCCUCUUGCUUCACGUAGUUUUAAAUAAAUUUUAUUAUUAGAAAGAUAAUAACAUUAAAAAACCUACAAUCUUAUCCCUUCCCCUCCCUCUUCUCCGUCUAAUCAAUUUAAGAUCUGCUAGCCUCUCGAGAGAAAGCUCAGCCCGAUGUAGUGAUGCAAUGGGUCGGGGCGGGUAUCUCAAUACCCAUGUCCCGCCCCACGCUACUAUGGGACGGGGCGGGUCGACCCACUCUUACUUGCUAUUUGAAAAAAUAUACGAAAUAUUUUACCUUUUAGGAUAAAACGAAAGGGAAAAUGCUUCAUGAAUGAAUAAUAGUGAUAAUAUAAUUGGCAAUUGAGUCUACUUAGUUGAAAAAUCAAGUCUAACUAGUUGAAGAAAAGCCAAAAUAGGAGAUAUAUGAAUGACAUAAAAAUAGAAAUAGAAUGGGUUAAGAACGGGGCGGGGCGGGACAGGGCGGGUCGGAAGUUGAUACCCAUGCCCCGCCCCACGCUACUGCGGGUCGGGUAAUACCCGCCCCAUCACAGGUCAGGUCGGGUAAUACCCGGCGGGGCAGGUUCAAAUUGCCAUCCCUAGCCCGAUGAACUCUGACAUCCUCGCGAGCACCCAGCUUCAUCGUCAAUCUUUGGAGCCCUCGCAAAGCACUUCUCCGGCUAGGGUUUAAGUCGUGAAGCUCUUCUGCAGUUCCGGCGUCCUCCGACGUUCUCGAUGUUGUCAACUUCAAUUGAUACCAGCUAGAAACGAUGCUAACUCUGUGGUUGGUGGUUGAGUCGAGUCUGCUCUGCCUCAACUCGGAAGGAGGGUUGCCCCAGAGCCCGAUCUGUUAUCUGGGCAGGAUGGGCGAUGAGACUGACACGAUCGGGGAGACGAGGCGGCGGCCGCAGCCAAGGCUUUAUUGCACGAAACUGAGAUGGCCGAAUUCGGAGGGAAAUCUGGUCAUACUGCUCCCGUCAAGUCCUAUGAGAAAAGGACCACCACGGCAGUGCCUCCGCCGCGGCCUUGGCAAGGGUACUGCAGGGACCUCGCGAUGGUUUCUCUUCCGCCUCCGUGAUGCCCAGACGGAAUGUGGUCACGGAGGACUACGACGCUGACAAAGACGAGUGCUACCGUGAGGGUUUGGAUUUGAAUUUGAUUUAGGGUUGGGAUUUGGGGCUUUGGGGAUUUUGGGAUAAUAAGAGGGGGUUUUUUUAAUUUGUUAAUUUUUAUUUAAUUGAAUUAUUAAAUUAAAAUAAUAUUUAAUGACGUGGCGUUCCACAUCAGCGGAUUUUUGCUGAGUCACUAAUGGAAUAGUGUUUGACCGUCAAUAUUAACGGUCAAAGAAAAUUUUGGGCCAAAUUUGUCCAAUAGUUUCAAAAGUAGGCCAUAAAUGUCUUAUUUGAAA